GGCCGCGCACUAAAUUUCACUCUCGUCCCUUUCAAUCUUCGUACUAUUUUCAUAAUUUUCAUUAAUUUAUUGUACCCGUGUGACCGCACGAUCACCAUAAAAUGUCAAAAAUAGGUUGAUGGAAGUUAGCUUGAUGUACUGUAAGUAUAUUUUGUAUUAUUGUUAUUUGUUAUUAUAAAUUCGAUUUAAAUUUCUACUUGAUUUAAAUAUAGUAACAAUAUCUUUGUCCCCCACCGCGUUAAAGCCCGGAUAAUGUUGUGUAGACAUAUUUUUAGCCAAAAGUUGGAUUGAAUAAUAAUAAUAUUAUGUACGACGGCUGAACACAGUUUCUGAAUGUAAAAAAAAAGUUAUAUAAUAUUAAUUACUAUAACGUAAAAGUAACAAUUAAUAUUACUUAUAGUUGAAAAAAAUAUAUAUUUUCAUGGGUUAUAUUAGUUUCUAUAAUAAUAUUUCGGCAUUAUAUUUUUUAGCUAACGGGUCACUGAAAUAAAUUGUAAAAACUAAAUAAUUAAAAUAUAUUUUUUCGUUUAAACUCUUAAAAUUUAGCUGAACCAAUUAAUUUUGUCGUUAAUUAAUAAUUAUUUUAAUUAGUACAGAUUUAUUUUUAGUAUAAAUUCGUUUUGUUAUUAGUUAUAUUAAUUUAAUUCAUUUAAAAUAAAUGAUAGUAUAAAGUCUAGAGUUUUUCUCGAAAUUUACACAUUCAUAUUUAAUCAUUUGUACCAUGAUAAAUUAUUAUAAAGAUCAAAAUGGAGGAAAAAACGACGAAAAAAUAUCGAAAGUUAAAGAAUAUAAAUAUAACGUAUCUAUUUCUAAAUUGUUUUUUUUCAGAAAGUUGAAAAAAUAUUAUUAGGUACCUAGUUCAGGAAAAUUAAAAAAAAAAUCUACUUUGCACGAUGGUAUAGUUAAAAUUCAUAAUGGGACAAACAUAUUUUUUGAUGUAUUUCACUUGAUUUGGGUUUAUAUAAGUCUUAUGUGGCCUUUACACUAUCAAUACUAUUAAUGGAACCAUAUUGAAGUGAGUAUUGAUGUCUGUGUUUGACGAGCUGAUUGAAGUACAUUGACGGGCGUGUCAAUCUAACUCGUCAAUAUAAUUGAUCGUGUAGGGGCCACUUUAGAAAUAGGUAUUUUAAAAUCAAAAUCAAAAAUUAAUUACUUAUUAGUUAUUGUGUCCACUUAUGUUUUUUUAAUACAGUCUAUAAACAUAUAAAUAAAAUUAAAGUGUUAGCCUGUCUGUCUUUCUGAGCUUAUCUCUGAAAAGGCUGAACCAAUUUCUAUGCGAUUUUCACUGUAAGACAUAGUAUUUUUUCGAGAAUAAUAUAAAGUAUUUUUAUCUCAACAUUUAAUCUAAUAUAAUAAAAAAAUUAGGACUGAUACAUUUUAUAUAGUAUAAUAUAAUAAGUAAAUUAUGAUUUAUUUAAUAGGUAUAUUGAUAGUUUCCCAAUGGAAGACGAUUUUUUUUUAAAAAUACAAUCCACUAAUGUAAUUAAAUAUUUAUGUUUAAUUUAAAACCCCAGUGUGCACCAGUCAUUUUAAAUAGAUCAAUAAUAUAGGAAAAAAAAAAUAUAGAGCUGAUGCUGGGUAUGGGAGCGACCACUUCUGUAGGUGAGAAGUUGGGAAUGUAAAUACAUACGAUUAUUUCACUUAUAUCUGUAAGCAACGAUAAACUAUUGCUUGACGAAAGACGAUUCCGAGGGCAAUUCGGUUAUACAUAAUUUGAAGUGCCGUCAUUUUUUUGCGAUUUUCGAUUAAAUUUGAUUUCAAAACUCUUAUUAAAAAAAAAAAUCGUCCGAUGAUUUUGAAAAUUUUACCACGUCUAGGUAAGUCCAAUUUAAAAGUAUUAAUAUCGAGUUUCAAGUCUCUACGUGUAUUUAUAACCAAAUUGUAGUAAAAAAACUCCCAAAAAUUAAAAUUCCUUCAAAGUUCAAAAGUGGCUCAAAAGUUUCGUUGAUAAUACCGUAAGAAAGUAAAUCAAAAAGGCAGUACAAAAUGUCUCUUAUGAUUUUUCGAUUAAAUCAUUUUUUCUGGUAGAAAACGUCCGUGUUUUUAUAAAAUAAUGACAUCGUAAAAUUGUACGUUUUGAUACGUUUUUUCCUACUUAAGUGUUUUUAUUUAAAAAAUGGCGUCUAAAAUCAAAAAAUGACUUCUUUAAAGUACCAUCUAGGCAAUUUGAACUUCAGAAAAGUUGUUGCACGUAAAAAUUGGAGCAAGUUUAAUAGAAAAAAACAUGUUCACAAAAUAUACAUCUUAGUAAAACCAAUAGCCUCUCGCUACGCUUGGAAUUUAAAACUACAAUAAUAUUAACCAGCAUUAAUAAUAAAAUAGAAUAUUUCAAAAAAAAUGUUUACUAUAAAAUAAAAUAUUAUUAUUAUUACUUACUAAUCCGUGUAUUAAAUGAUUCCAUUUCGAAGUUUAAUGUCUAAUGUUAAAUUUAUAUUGAGAGAUAAACGAGUAAUACACAUACGAGUACAAAUAUCAGAAAACUGAAAUUUAAUAAUACGUAUAUUACUGGUUAUACGGUAUAUUAAUCGUUAAUUUUACGAUAACUUAAUAUAAUGGACUCUUAAGGUUUAUCCCACUACUAUCAAAGUUUAAUAAGAGAUGAUUUAUUUUUGAACAUCAAAUUAUUCAUUAUUGUCCUGUUUUUAGCUUAUUCUGGGUCACUGUGGAUGGAUGAAUCAUAUAUUGUAGGUGAGCAGUUGGGAAUGUAGAGGGGAAAUUUAAUGUAUGGGUACACAAUGAUUAAUUUUUGUUAACGAAAAACGAUUCUAAUCGGAGUUCGAUAAUACGUUUUGAAAGUCCGUAUCUAAUGUAAUAUAUUUACGAUUUGAAAACAAUUUGGUAAAUUUUCCCGGUUUUUCGUACGUUUUUUCCCAUUUAGUUUGAAAGUACUUGGAAAAUCAAAAAAUAAAAUAAAGUACACUAUCCCACAAAAGUUUCUUUUUUGAAAAAGUGCUUUAUUUGAAAAUCAGAUUAUAAUUUCUGGUAGAAAAGAAGUUCAUAGAAAAAUAAUAAUGAUGAACAUCAUUGUAAAACCAAUAUAUUCCUCGUUCCGCUCAGAAACUAAAAUUACCAGAAUAAUUAAAAAUAAUUUUAACGUAAAUAAAUAAUAUUUAACAUAAGAAAAAUAAAAGUGUAUUAUAUUUAAAUUUUUAAAAUGUUUACUUUUUAUUUAUAAAUUAACUACCUAUUGUUUAGAAUUUAAAAAAAAAUCACUUCCAAUUGAUCAGUUGUAGGUAUAUUAAUGAUCAUAUUAAUAUUAAUCAGUGUAGAAAAAAUUUAUAAAUUAUAAAGCUAUGAACAUAGGUAUUUCGGAACAAAUCUAGUUUAGUACCCCCUCAACAUUUUGCAUUUUUUUCAAAACUUAUGUAUUUAAACGUUUUAAAAAUGAUUGUGCCAAAAGUUUUUUUGGAAAUCAGUUUUGAAGUUUGGAUAUUAUGUGUUUUAUGUUAAGGUUAACUAUUCAAAUUUAUUUAUACGUCUAUCGUAUUCUAGUGGUGAUAAUUAUCACCACUAGACUAGGCUAAACUACCACUUAAGUAUUUUUUUUCAUCAUUGGGAUCCUAUGUUUUCAAACCCGAAAGUUGAUCAUUUUUUUUUUUUUGUAUUUUUUUCCUCAUAUUUUAGAUUUUUUGGUUGUUUUAUUAUGUAAAAAAAAACCAAACAUUUCCUCUGAUUUGUUAGCAAAACCACGUUUAAUGUAUUUUGUGUGUACUUAGACUUUUAGAGACCCGUUUGCUGUUUUUGCUUGAACUGUUUUAAUCAAAAAUAACCAAAACUUUAAAUGACUUUAACUUCAAAACUAAUGAUUUCCGAAAAAAAAAUUUGGUACCAUCAUUUUUAAAACAUUGAAAUACAUAUUUGUAUUUAAAUAAAAAAUGUAACAUUUUAGUGGUAAAUUUAGUAGAAAAAAUGAACAAAAAUCCGAUAUUAUCAAUAUUAUGCUAUUAGUAAACAUCUAAUUGUUAAGUUUAUUGUUAAGUGUGUUUUUAGGGGUUUGAAAACAAAUCAAUCAUGCCGGCAGAAAUAAGUCAAAGCAAAACAAUUUGUAUUCUAGCCAUAGUAGCAGGAUGUUUUGCAGUUUUAUGGCCAUCAUUAUUUUAUCCCAUGUUAAAAGGUUCAUUUGCACCGCAUACUCAAACAGGUAAUUUGAUAAAUUUUUAAAAUGUUGUAGUUUUUAUUAUAUACAUAUAUGUUGAUUUACAUUCCUUGAGUUUGGGGAAUAGGCUGUUGCAACGUGGUGUCUAAUACGGACGAGAACAUAGUUAAAAUAGUAAUGGAAAUCUGUGAUCAUGUAAUUGAAACAACGAACAAAAAAACAAAAUUGGAAAAAUGCCGUCUUGAAAUUCUUAACACUUGUGCAAUCAACAUAACAGAUAUUAUUAGUGGGGAUAAGGUUAAUGACAUUUCAUAUAAUAAACAUGUCAUCAAUGAGAUACGGUCUUUGAAUGGAUCCUUAUGUCUAAAAUAUCAUUAUGGAGUAUCUUUGACAAGUUUAGGGGUUAUGCAUAGACUUAAAAAUAAAGAUAAUCCUUUAAUGAGUAAGAAAUCUUCAGUAUUAUUUUUAUAAAUUAACAGUGUGAUUUUCGAAUUGCUUUUGAACUAAUCAAUAAACUUGUAAUAUUGCAAGUAUACUGGUACUUGUAUGUCAAAAAAAAUUAUUAAUAAUGUCUCAGUCAUUUUCUGUGAAAUAAUAUAAAAUAAAGAGCAAUGUUUAUAAUAAGAAGUAAAACAGAGUAUAAGAUACUUUAAAAGUAACAGGACAAGACAGCUUAUGUCAAUGAGAGCGGUAAUGAGUUUGAGGUUGAGAGGUUGAGAUUUUUAAGUAUCUAGGAUCUUUGAAUAAAAUAAUGGUGGCUUUUAUAAGGAUGUGAAACAAGAAUAAGUGUGGUUGGAUAAAGUGGAAAGAAGUGCCAGGUGUUUUAUGUAACAAGAGAAUUCCAAUAAGACUUAAAGAUAAUUUUUACAAGUGUGGUGAGAUUGAUUAUAUUGUAUGGUUUGGAAUCUUGGGUAGUAGACAAAAAAUUGAACAGAGAAUGACUGUAGCAGAGAAGGAAAUGCUUAGGCAGGUGAUGGAGAAGAUAGAAUAAGAAAUGAGUACAUAAGAAAUAAGUAGCUUAAGUAUGACAUUGAUAGUAGACAAAAUGAGAAAUAGUAGACAGACAGUUUGGGCAUCUCAUGAUUGUGAAUGAUAUGAGGAUAGCCGAUGUAUGUGAGGUGGGAUAUUGGGUUAAGUGGAAAUUUAAAACAAGGGUGGCCGUCCCCAAAUACAAGUGAUAAAGGAAAAGAGAGAUGGAGAAGAAAAAGAUUAUAAUAUAAUAUCUAAAUGUAUAAUCAUAAACUAAAAGUUUUAUAUUUGAACUAAUUUUUAGAAUAGUUUUAUUGAAGUGAAUUUUAAUAACAUUGAACAUUUUAUCAUAGACAUUUUACUUAUCAUUUGCCUUUAUCGUAAUCUUAUGAUUUUAAAUGUUUUAUGAUGUUUAAUUAAAUUAUUACUUAUACUUACUAUACACAAUUUUUUACUGAAAAUAAUAAUGCAGAUUUAAUUAUAUAUAUUAAAGAUAAUUAUGUUAAAUAUUUCUUUUAUUUGUCUUUAUGCUACUCAAGUGAGGUAAUAUCUAUUCGUAUAUAGUGAAACCUGUGUAUAACGGACAGUUAUAGGACCAUAAAAAGUGUCUGUUAUAGACAACUGUUCGUAAUAGAUAGGUAUGGGAGGUGGCAUCGUAAAAAAUAAAAAUUAAAUUAACAGUGAAAAGUGUACAACGCUAUAAUAGUGAAGUGAUAUGUGUCCACGCAUCUAACUUUAUCCUUAUUACCUUAUUAUUUUGUCAGUUUUAUAUAGGUGUCCGUUAAAACGAGUUCACUGUAAUUUAGAAAAUACUAUUUUAUUUAUCAUCAAACGUUGAUCUUAAAUUUUUUAUCCAUUAUCAAAAUAUUAUAAAUUAAAUGAAAUCUAUUUUCUUUUCUUGCAUUAGAUAUUUGGAUAAAUUAAUUGUAAUUUUACAUAUAUUUCUUAUAUUGAAAUAUUUAAUUUUUCUUGGUACAAUUUUAUUUUUAAGUUUCAUGAUAACAAUUUUAAUUUAAUUUUUUAAAGUAUUAAUAAUCAUUUAAUAAAUAAAAUGUAUAAACAAAAAUGUCUCUUGAAAAAAAAUUAUGAUUUUUACAUCAUGGAAUUUUUUUUAAGCAUACAAUUAUUAAAUAUUAUAAUUAGUAUAACUAAUGAGUACUAUUGUACCGAAGAACCACUAAAUAAAUCUGAAAUUGCCUUAAUAUACUUGAACUUUUGUCUAUAUAUCAGUUAUAUAUUUAUAUUAAAAUGAAUCAUGUAUUUAUUGUUUUUUAAUUUUGUAUAUCUAGGUACUAAUUAGGGAUAGAUCAGUUCCUGAAAAACAAUACCAGUUUUUGUCCUGUUCUAAAAAUUAAUUUGGUCACAGACAUCAGUUCUUCUUAUUAACACUUAUAACUUAUAGUACAUUAAUAAAAACAAUAUUUACUCAAAGAAAUAAAUGUUUAAAACUAAUGUAACCACAUAAGAAAAAAAAAAAAGAAAAAAAAUAAGGGCCAAAACCAAUAAAUAAUCACAUUAGAAAUGAUAAAUAUUAGAUUCUUUAGGACUGAUAGAACAGAGAGCUGUAACUGAUCCAUCUCUAGUACUAAUUGUUGUUGUUGUUAUUAUUAACACUCUUGGAUAUAAUUAUUAAAUUCAUAUUUUUGGUGUAAUAUUUCUGAUGUGCCUUUAACUGAAUUGUAUUAAUUUAUUAAAUUUUUAUUUAUUUAAUUUAUUUAUAUAUUUCUGUAUAAUAAAUUGUAUAUAGAGUAUAUAAGUAUACAUAAAUAUAUUUUUAGAUAAUAUUCCUCAAGAAAGAACUCCUGUACAUUUAAGAGCUUCAAUGCAUCCAGCAUUAAUGGAAAAAGGUCGAGCAAUUCCCCAACCUCAUAUUGGAUCUAGACAAGCUACUCCUGGAAGUUUCAAAGUAAAAAUUUUUGAUAUACUGUACUAAAAUAUAGAUAAACUUGAAAAUCCUGAAUUCUUUUGUAGUUUUAAAUUUAAACAUUAAUACAAAACACGUCAAUUUUUAUUAUAUAUAUUUUUUAAGUUAUUAUAUUUUGGAUUCAUGCCACGUGUUCUAUAUGUAUUACCAUGCUCUCUUUGUUUAAUAUUAAUUUUUACAUCAUAACUUUAAUAGUAAAUAAUAUGUUAAUACAUUUUACUAGUUUAUAACCAACUUAACUCUAGAUACCUACAUUAUUUGAGUGUUUGAUAAAAGUUUAUUAUUGUUACAUUAUAUAGUUACUAAUGUGUAUAAUUUGUUAAUUAUUAGAUUAGUGGUUUUCAAACUUUGUUUAAACAGGGAACAGGGCAUUGUGCACAAAAUUUUGCAUGACUCUUAUCUUAGGUAUGAAAAACUUGAAGAUGAUUUUUUUAGGUAAUUUUUUAAAUUGUAUAGACCAAAUUAGAUAAACAAAAUUGUAUUUUAUUAUUAUUCUGUAAAAUACAAUUUUCAAACUGGAAACCUAGAGAAUGUUUAUGUUCACACACUCAGUUUUAAAACCACUGAAUUCGAUUUUAUAUUUUUAUAAACAGAUCUUCUUUGGUUUUUAUUAGCAACCGAUCCCUGGAUACAGACCUCCAAUGGGAGGUAUGGGCGGUACUGGCCAAAAGACUAGAGGAGGUGCAAUGAAUAUUCUAAUGCCAAUGUACACUAUUGGAAUAGUUCUCUUUUUCGUUUAUACUAUGAUGAAGGUAUAAAAUAAUAUUGGGCAUGGGUAUAAUGUAUAUUCUUAUUAUUAAUUAUAAUAUUUAUUAUGUAAUAGUUGUUGUCAAAAAAAGAUAAUGUUGAAGAAAAAAAUACAAAUGGUGCGUUUUCUUCACGGUAUGAUUGCAGCGGCAUAGAUAGUAGUUCAAAAUUACAGUCACUAAUUCCUCCUACACAAUUAGGUAAAAUACUUAAAAUAUUGUUCAUAAAUAUAUACAAUGAAUGUUUUUUGUUGACUCUUCGGUUAAAAAAAAAAUGGUUAAUGUUUUAUUCUGUUUAAUGCUACUAGGAUGCAUUGAAAAGGAUACAAGUAAGUCAAAGGGUAUUUUAAAAUUUACAAUUUAACAACCUAUUUUUAUAGUAUCUCUUUAUUAUGUAUUAUUAUCUUUACUAAUAUUAUUAAUAAAUUAAUAAUGUAAUUUAAUUUAAUUACGACUAUACUGGUUUUUUUAUAUAGUAUCUAUUACAAUAAAAUUAUGAAUUGUGGUUUAUGUUUUGCGUAGGAGAUUUAGAAAUAGAUGCGCUCCGUCGCAAGCUGGAAGAAACAGAGGCUGCGAUGGAACGCAUUGUUAAGCAAAUGAUAUUGGCGUCUGAAUGCAAUGGGAUGGAUGGGAAUAAGGUUUGAAAGAUUUACAAACAUUUCGAUGCGCAUGUGCUCAGUAAUAUUAUUGGCAAUUUUUUCUUAGCACUGCACUAAUUUCACCCAUUAACGUAUAAUUUAUUUAUUUUCUUAUUACCCCCUCUAAGGAAUUAGGUAGGUACUUAAAUAUUAUAGAUUAUUUGAAAACCCAAAUUAAUAAUUAUCUAUGUAGGCAAUUAUUAAACCAUAAUUAUAGAUAUUUCAUUCUGGUUGAAAUAUGUAUUAUCAUUGUCAAAAUAUUUAUAGGAAAUAAAUUAUGUAAUUAGAAUAAUUCUUAUUUAAAUAUCAAAUUAAAUUAUUUGAUUGAUAAUUCUUAUAAAUUUCUAUUGAAUAAGUAUAAAUAAGAUAUGGUAAAAGUAAUAAUAAUAAUAGUAUAAAUUAAUGACUGGGAAUAGGAAUUAGUUAUUUGGAUUUUUAACAAGUUAAACAAUAUAUAUAUUAUUUUUUUUGUACUCAUAGUCGUGAAUGCAUUUUCAUCUCUGUUGGAAGACGUGAAUCGAGAGAUAUUAUCUUCUAUAAAUGAAAAUGAAAAAGUUCCCACAAUAUUCGAAGACGAGGUACCCGUAGGAUAAAGAACUUAAAUUAAUAAAUUAUGCUUAUACCUUGCUUUUAAACUUAAAAUAUAGUAUUCAACUCAGUCUUAUUUAAAUUAUUUAAAUGUUCUAUUUUUAAAGUUUGAAUUAUUAUGUCAUCAUUGAUAAUAUGUCAAUUUGAUUUACUUGCUUUGAUAAGUAUGCACAUUAAAAUGUAGGUACUUCGCUUUUUUAUGUACUUGUGAUUAGUUCAUAACUGCUUUCAUCCCAACACCUUAUUUAAACAGAAAAUAAUUAAUUAUGCUUAAUAUGUUUUGUAUUGAAGUAUAUAUAUUUUGUGUAUUUUAGGAAUUUAAAAAUGAUGAAACUGAUGAGAAGAAAUUUCAGGAAAAUACUAUAUCAAACCAUAGUGAUAAUGAUAUAGAUGAUAAUACUAAUACCAAGAUAUUUACCCAAUUAGAGGAAUCAGCAAGUAUUGAAUCAUCAAAACCUAAGGAAACCUGCAAUACUGGUGAAGAAGAAACUACAGAUUUAGAAAUAUCUAAUAAAAAAGUAAUUCAAGUGGUUAAUAUGGAAACAUCUGAAAGUGUUGGUGGUGGCCACUGUUGGACUCAGAUUGAAAAAGAAAAAAUAUCUUCUAAAGAUAAAAUGGUAUCAUCAUCACCUAUAGAAAAACCCAUUUCUUUAAUUAUUCCUGGAACAAUUCCGAAGAAUUCUCAAGUUUUAAUAAGUGAUGGUCCACAUAAUACUUCUUCAGAAACCGAGGAUCAUGAAGCAAUCAUUUCGAGUAAAGUCACAUUAUCAUUAAUACCUGUGAGUAUUAAGAAACAAAUAAUUGUAUAAUGUUUUAAUUUUCAUAAAACCUGCAAAUUGUGCAAUCUGUGGUGAAACCAAGAAUUAUCUUAGAAUGUUAAUAAACCAAUAGCUUCUUAAAUCAUAAUGAUGGAAUUAUCGAAACUUACAGUUAUUAUAAGUAUAAAAAUGUUUUAACACAAUAUUGUAUGAUGUACAUAUAAUAUGUUCAAUGCAAUUAAUGAUUUCUUCAAUUUAUUUCAACUAUGAAACAAUUACUGAUAAUUAUGCAAUUUUUUCUUUUUACUAUAAAAUUUAACUGAGUGACUAAACCGGGUGAUUUUUUAAAUUUGUAUUGAUGGUUUUAGAGUGAAUUUGAUUUUUUUUUUUACAUACUAAGCACAGUGAAGGAUCUAUUGGUUUUACUAUGAUGUGUGUUUUUUUUAAAAAAAAUUCUGUCUAAACUACUUUUCGAAAAGAAAACUUGCUCUGAUGUAUCAAAUGUAGCACCUUUUUUGAAAGAUAAUAUUAUCCAAUUGGUUAAUUAGAUGAGUCAUUUUUUAUUUACAAGGAAUUUUUAUAAAAAAAAUAAGGAAAACCAGAAACAAAAUUUUAGCAUUAAAUGGCAAAUAUUUACGGUGUGACCUGUGGCGUUAUCUAUUUUAUUGUAUUUAAUUUUUGCGAACUAAAAAUCUAGUACACAUAUUGCUUUAAUUAAAAAAUGCCUAUAUAUCUUUUUUGUUGUGUAUUGGAUCUAAUUGCUCAUGAAGUAAAUUGAUUUUUAAUUUUUCUAAUUGUUUUCAUAAUAAUUAAGAUUUCAGAUUUCAUUGUUUUAAACAAUUUUUAGACUACAUUUUUUACUAGGAAUAUUGCUCCAGUAAUAAAACAACAGGAGAUCUUUUUUGUUUAAUUUUUAAUCUUGUUGAUGAGUUAGAAAGUUGUUUUUUUAUUUUCUCUGUAGUUUUUUUUAAUAAUUGAAUAAACCCGAAAUACAGAAACAAUGGAAAUUCAUGAAAUUAAUGUUUUUAUAAUUUUAAAUUUUAUUGUAAUUCAGUUAAAAAUAUUCAUAAAAACUUGAAAUUUAGACAAAAAACUUGUACUUGUUUUUUCUAGACAUGGUCAAAUUUUAAUGACAAUUGAGCCAUUUUUGAACUGUUUAUAGAAAUUUAAGUUUUAUGAGUUAUUUGAGUAAUUUUUAUUUGGUAGAUAUUCAACAAAUACAAAUUUUUAGACUAACAGAAAUGUUUGAAAAUUUGACAGAAGAUUCAUGAUAAGUCGUACAUAGUAGUAAAAAAAAAAAAAAAAGAAUUGAGUAGUAUAUAGUUAUUAUUAUUUUUUUUUGAUUUAUGUAUAUAAGUUUUAAAAUCAAAUUUUGAUUAAAAUGGUAAAUAUUACAGCCUUUUAAAAUAUGUAUAACUGAAAUUUGCUCCGAAUCGUACUUUUUAAGAAUUGGUUUAUUGUUGGUUACAGGUAUAAAUUAAAUAAAUAUGUAUCCCACCUUCCCAACUACUCUGCCAUAGCAGCACCCAUCCCUAGAAUCAGAUCUUUUCAAUUUUGGUUUUCAAAAUUGGCAUGUAUUCAUUUAACAAUUCCCUUAUUUUAAGUGUAUAAUUUACUUGCAUUUUCUGAAAAAAUAUGCUGAGUACACUAUCUGGUUUAUUUUAUUAAUUAAAACAAGCCCAUAGUCCAAUGUAUGUAUACAUACCAUAUAAUAAAUUUGGUAGAUAGAUACAUUUAAAAAACACUUAUAAGCUAAAGACUAAAACUUAUUUACACAUUAUAAAGGAAAAAUUGGUCCACAUACUCAUAAUUUCAUUAUCAUAAUAUAUACCUAAUGUAUGAUAUAAAAUAGGCCUUUAGUUGGUAUUAGAUUAAAAUUGAAGGAGCAAUAUUAGAAUCAAGAAAUCAAAUCGGGUACAAUUAUAUUUUUUCUCAAUUUAAAAUGAAACCAUUUUGUUAUUUAUUAUUAUUUUUAUUUUAUUAUAUAGCAAUAUAAAUGUAUUUUUAAUCAUAUAUUUUUCUUUUGAACAUAUUAUUUUGAGUGCUUCGUUUCUCUUUAAAUACAAUCAAUCGUCUUAUAAUAACUAUGUAUAUGAAUAUUACUAACUCAUAAACUAAUAAUUAAAUAUAAAUAAAUACUUAAUUGUGUCAUAUAAUAUAAUAUUCAGAUUUAUGAACAUAUGUCAACCUAAUUUCUAGGAUGAUCGAGUAGAAGAAUAUCUAACAAGUGAUGAAGCUGAAGGAGAUAAUAUCAUUUCAACUCAAUCAGAUACUAAAUAAAGUUAAUUUAUAUAAAAUAAGUUGUGUCUGGGGAUUAGUUCAAUAGUAUAGUACACAAAUGAAAAGAAAGAAGAAUAUAAUAAAUUAGGAAAUGUAUGUUAUUACACGUUAAUAAUACACUACUUAUUUAAUGUUUUAUGAUAGGUAUACAUAUUUAAUAAUAAUAUAUUAUAACUUAUUUAAAGUAUAUUUCAUAAGUGAAUAAUACACUAUAGUUGAUAUUUAAUUUUAAUUUAAUUUAGCCAAUAUGUGAAUUAUUUGUUCAUUUAUUUUUUGUUAUUGUUAAAAUUCUUCAGAUUUGAUGUCUUGCCAAAUUUGUAUUAUAUAUACUACUUAUAUUACUUGAAUUUUUAAUUUAUGUUAUUGUAAUUCUAUAAUAACUAUGUAGGUAACUAUCAUAAUUAUAAUAUGUGUUUUUAGACCAACAAAAAAAAACUAACAUUUUUUUUUUUUAUUCCUAGUAUGUCAAUAAUUUGCUCUUAAGUCUUGAGUAAAUAUAUUAAUCAGUGUUUAUAUAAUUAUGCUCU